GUGACGCGAUGGCGCUUGGACACGGCUCUAGCAAAUCUAUUUCAUGUGACCAGGGGGUCACUCCUGCUUCUGUGAAUGAUGGGAUAGGAGCUGAUGGACAAGAAGUGGCUUCACCGACCAGGAUAACACGGUGCUGCAAGUGUCUUCUGGCCCUCCUCAUCAUCAUCCUCAUAGCGGCAGGAGUAAUACUGACCUGGUACUUCCUGGAAUACAGGGUUUGGGUGUUGGAGCCUCGUGUCCAGCAGCAGUACACGGCCUACCUGUCCAUCCUCAACAGGAACUUCUCUGCUGAUCUGUCGUCACACAGCAGCGCUGCAUUCAAGAGAGAGGCCAAGGGACUACAGAAAAUGAUAGAGAAGAUAAUUAAAGCUUCAAGUCUGUCCCGAUACUUCAACUACACCACUGUGUUCGCCUUCGGGGAGGGGAGUGUCGUGGCUCACUUCUGGAUAAUGAUGUCAGUGCCAGGCAGCCAUGUUGGAAGGGUCACACUGGAGAAGGUUACUGACUGCCUGCAGAGCGGCCUGAGGUGGUGCUCAGGGUCAACGGAGGAGGUCAUGUCCAGCUGUGAUGGAUACCUCCUCCACCUCCCCUCGAUGUUUGUCAGCGAAACCGACCCCAGAGUUGUAGAGCUCCUAAAAGCCACAUUUGACUGUUAUCGCUACCAGAAGGUGGUGUCCAGCAGUCCUGUGGCUCUCCGUGGCCCUGACACGCAGCGGUCCUCCUGCCUGUGGCACCUCCAGGCUGCUCCCGGCUCCCAGCUGGAGCUCCACAUGGAGUGGCUGCUGCCGGAGUGCCGGGACAGGCUGGUGGUGUACAACUCCCUGACCCCCAGCGACACACAGCUCAUCACCUCUGUGUAUGGCUGCAGCAGGCAUGAGCGUGUGGUGCGUGUCCUGUCUUCAGGAGAGUGGUUGGCAGUUGUUUGGAAACAAGGUCUGUACAACUAUAAGGACCCCUUCUCGCUGUCUGCACAGGCCUGGGACCACCAGGACUGUAACUCCACCAUAGAGCUGAGGUCCGUCUCAGGGGUCCAGGGGACACUGAGGACACCUUUCUUCCCCAGCUACUACCCCCCUGACACCAACUGUACCUGGAGCUUCAAUAUGCCGAGUACAGGUUUGGGUUUGUCUCUGGAAUUUGAAGGCUACGAGCUGAGCAGAGCCGCGUACAACCAGGCCUGUACGCAGGGUCAGUGGAUCAUCCAGAACCGCAGGAUGUGCGGUAUCAGGAGCCUGCAGCCGUACAGCGAACGCCUCUUCCUGCUCUCAAUGACAGCUACUGUUUCCAUGACAUCAGAGGUGUCAAUCACGGGGCCGGGCCUCCAGCUGCACUACAGCGUCUUCAACCUGUCAGAUCCUUGCCCAGGUCAGUUUCUGUGCACUGUUAAUGGCCUGUGUGUUCCUCUCUGUGAUGGGAUCAAAGACUGUCCCAACGGCCUUGAUGAGAGGAACUGUGUGUGUGUGGCACAGUUCCAGUGUCCAGAGGACAGCCAGUGUGUGGAUUACUUCAAGGUGUGUGACCAACACCCGGACUGCCCUGAAGCAACGGACGAGAUGAACUGUACAGAUGCUGUGCAGUGCACAGAUAUGACCUAUGUGUGUGCCGAUGGAACAUGUCUGAAGAAACCAAACCCAGAGUGCGACUUUGUCACUGACUGCCCCGACGCAUCAGAUGAGAAACAGUGUGACUGCGGCCUGAGGCAGUUUUCCAGCCGUAUCGUCGGGGGUACAAACGCCUCAGAAGGGGAGUGGCCGUGGCAGGUCAGCCUGCAGGUGCGAGGUACCCACAUCUGCGGGGGCACGCUGAUCUCCAGCCAGUGGGUGGUGUCUGCUGCUCACUGUUUUGAUGACGACCGUCUGUUCUCCCCUUCAAUGUGGACGGUGUACCUGGGUAAACUCCUCCUGAACCACAGCAGCCCCACUGAGGAGGUGGCUCGAGUUCAGAGGAUCCUCCUCCACCAAUACUACGAUGACGAGUCCCACGACUACGACCUGGCCCUGCUGAAGCUUGACAGGCUGGUGGUACAUGCUCGACCCGCCUGCCUGCCUCCGCCCACGCACCAGCUGGAGCCUGACCUGCUCUGCUGGGUGACUGGCUGGGGGUCCCUCCGUGAGGGAGGCCGUGCCAGUAAUGUGCUUCAGAAGGUGGAUGUUCGCCUGGUCAGCGAGGAAGCUUGUGUACGCUCCUAUGGCCAGCUUGUUACUCCCAGAAUGCUUUGCGCCGGUUAUCGCACUGGGGAGAAAGACGCCUGUCAGGGAGACUCUGGAGGUCCCUUAGUUUGCCAGGAGCAGUCAGGUCGUUGGUUCCUGGCAGGUGUGGUGAGCUGGGGCAGAGGCUGCGGGCGUCCGGACUACUAUGGUGUCUACACCCGCAUCACCAGGCUCACCGACUGGAUCAAGGUGGUCAUCAGCAGCACCUGAGACACCUGGGAUGUUCUCCAUGUUCUUCUCCACCACCUGAAGCGAGGUGCUGAUGAAAACAUGAACAUGUGAGGGGAGAGAAGAUGUUAGAUUGAUUCUCCUUUAAAUGGGUCAGACAACAAUUACCUACUUUAUUUAUGCUGGACCUUUCAGAGACUUUCAGGAAUGAUAAUGUCAAGUUUUUUCACCAGAAUUCACCAAAACAUUGAAAAUAACAUAUGUUAACAAGCAUGAAUGUUGAGUUAGAGACAACACUACAACACUGUGAUCAUGUAAUUGCUUGUUCAAUCAUAUAACGAACCAAUCCCCUUCAUUUCAAAGAAAAUGAACUUUUCUAUAAUAAAGGAUCUUCAAUAUUCAUAUAAAGUUUCCACUGUA